AUGUCGUGCCAGUCGCAGGCUUCAUGUGAGGGCUGCUCUUGCAGCGGCAGUGGCAGCAAAGGAGUGGUUAAUAUUGAAGAUUGUGAAACCGAGCUGCUCGCCCUCCGGAAGAAAACCAUAGAACUUGAAAAGACUCUUGCAUCCAUGAAGAGUUCGUCAAGCAGCACACCGAAAGUCGGACGCAAGCUGCGGUCCACCAAGUGGUUUCAGUGCGAAGGCGACCCAGGAAUGAUGGCCUUGUACAUUGAAAGAUACCUCAACUAUGGUGUGACUCGGGAGGAACUGAUGUCUGGCAAGCCAAUUAUUGGAAUAGCUCAGACCGGAUCCGAUUUAGCACCGUGCAACCGUCAUCACCUGGAGCUUGCCAAAAGGGUCCGAGAGGGUAUCAGAACUGCUGGCGGAAUCGCCUUCGAGUUCCCCACUCACCCCAUUCAAGAGACUAGCCGACGGCCCACCGCUUGUAUCGAUCGGAACCUUUCUUAUCUUGGCCUUGUUGAGAUCCUUCAUGGCUAUUUUCUGGAUGGGGUGGUCCUCCUCACCGGGUGCGACAAGACCACUCCGGCAUGCCUGAUGGCUGCUGCCACAGUCAACAUCCCUGCUAUAUGUCUCAACGUCGGUCCCAUGCUCAAUGGCUAUGUGAAGGAUGAACUGGCUGGUUCGGGAAUGGUGGUCUGGAAAGGCAGAGAGAUGCAUGCUGCAGGACAGAUCACCACGGAGGAAUUUGUAGAUUACAUCUCCCGCGGUGCACCGUCAGCAGGACAUUGCAACACGAUGGGUACGGCAUCUACUAUGAACGCGCUUGCAGAAGCCCUUGGCAUGGCCCUGCCUGGGUCAGCUGCCAUUCCAGCUCCCUACCGUGAACGAGCCCAAUGUGCCUAUGAGACCGGAUUACAGAUCGUAGAGAUGGUGCACUCUGAUCGCAAGCCAAGUGACAUCAUGACCAGAGAGGCUUUCGAGAAUGUCAUUGCUGCCAACACCGCGAUUGGUGGUAGUACAAAUGCUCCCAUUCAUAUCAACGCCAUCGCGAAGCAUAUUGGGGUGGAUCUUUCGCUAGAUGACUGGGACCGCAUCGGGUUCCACAUCCCGCUCUUGCUAAAUAUGCAGCCGGCGGGGGAGCUGCUAGGGGAAGAGUAUUACCGAGCCGGAGGGUUGCCGGCUAUUAUGGCGGAGCUGCUGGAUGCGGGCAAGUUGAAUGCAGAUGCUGUGACGUGCAAUGGCCACACUGUAGCACAAAACGUCCGUGGGAAACAUAGCUGGAAUCGGCGGAUGAUCAGAGCUUAUGACGAUCCUCUUCUCAAGGAUGCUGGCUUCCUUCACUUGACCGGCACCCUGUUUGACUCGGCCAUUAUGAAAACAUGCGUCAUCUCUGAGCCGUUCAGGCAAAAAUUCUUAGAGAAUCCCGCAGAUCCAAAUGCAUUCGAGGGGUCUGUGGUAGUUUUUGAUGGACCGGAGGAUUACCAUCGUCGGUUAGAGGACCCCUCCACCCCCAUCACUGACACAAGUAUCCUGGUGAUGCGCGGGGCCGGUCCACUGGGCUAUCCCGGUGCAGCUGAGGUGGUCAACAUGCACCCUCCGGGAAGGCUGCUGCGAGAGGGGGUCAAGUCACUUCCAUGCAUUGGUGAUGGACGGCAGUCGGGAACUUCAGGAUCUCCAUCUAUCUUGAACGCUAGUCCUGAGGCAGCAGCGGGCGGUAACCUUGCAGUCCUUCGGGAUGGAGACCGGCUCCGAGUGGACCUUAACCAGCGGCGGGUAGACAUCCUUGUCUCUGCGGACGAAUUGAGGAAGCGCAAGCAGAAGCUCGAAGCAAGUGGGGGUUACAAUAUGCCGGAAAGCCAGACCCCAUGGCAAGAGUUAUUCCGCAAGGAAACGUCCCAGCUGAACGAAGGAAUGGUUCUCCGAGAGGCAGUCAAAUACCAACGGCUGGCGCAGCGAUACCCGGAGCCCAGGCACAAUCACUGA